UGCAACUUCAUUUGCUGAGAGCAUAGGUGUGUCGGGAGGUGUGUCAGUGUAUCUGUCAGUCACGCCGUCAUUUCCUCCAACAGCCAGUGUUCCUUGUCUUGAGCUAGUUUGUGUUCUGUGAAAACGGGGACAAACAAGGACGUGCAGAAAUCAGCGGGUCGUUUUUGAUUUGCGAGUGCUUGCUGUCUAUUCCAAACUCUACUAUGGUAUCGAUGGCAAAUUGAACGAGGGCAGCUGACAUGAAUAAGUCUCAUGAGUGAUCCUCUGCCAGGCUUGGUCCGCCAGCAUGGUAGACACACAGAGCCAGUUCUGCCCACCAUCCCCCUUGGAGAACACUGACCUUGGGAGCCCGCUGUGUGCGGACUUCAUCCAGGACAUGAAGGACAUCCAGGACAUCUCGCAGUCUAUUGUGGAUGACAGUAUGGGCGUGUUCGAAGUUCCCGAGUACCAGUCUUCAGGGAGAGGGUCAGGGUCUGAAGGCUCAUCAGUAUUAGAUUCCCUGACGCCAGCAUCCAGUCCGUCCUCUAUGAUCUUCUCAGGGGCUCAAGCAGGCCUGGACGAGCUGUCCUCUGCCGCCCUCAAUCUGGAGUGCAGGGUCUGUGGGGACAAAGCGUCGGGCUACCACUAUGGAGUGCAUGCGUGUGAGGGCUGUAAGGGGUUCUUCAGGAGGACAAUACGCCUGAAACUGGAGUACGAUAAAUGUGAUCGUAACUGUAAAAUUCAGAAAAAGAACCGUAACAAGUGCCAAUACUGCCGAUUCCAAAAGUGCCUGUCGGUGGGGAUGUCACACAACGCAAUUCGUUUUGGCCGGAUGCCCCAGUCUGAAAAGAUGAAGCUGAAAGCAGAGAUCCUGACAUGUGAGAGGGAGGUCGAGAAUUCACAGCUGGCCGACCAGAAAACCCUCGCCAAGCAAAUUUACGAAGCAUACCUGAAAAACUUCAACAUGAACAAAACAAAGGCACGAGCCAUCUUGAUCGGCAAGGCCAGCACCCCACCCUUUGUUAUUCAUGACAUGGAAACCUUGCGUCUUGCAGAGAAGACCCUGGUAGCCAAAAUGGUGGCCAAUGGGAUCCAGAACAAGGAGGCAGAGGUGAGAAUUUUCCACUGCUGCCAGUGCACCUCAGUAGAAACUGUGACAGAACUGACCGAGUUUGCAAAGUCAGUCCCAGGCUUUGUGAACCUUGACCUCAAUGACCAGGUCACCCUGCUGAAAUAUGGAGUUUAUGAGGCUAUGUUCGCCAUGCUGGCUUCCAGUAUGAACAAAGACGGAUUGCUGGUGGCUUACGGGAAUGGCUUCAUCACGCGGGAGUUUCUGAAAAGCUUGAGAAGACCGUUCAGCGAGAUGAUGGAGCCCAAGUUUGAGUUUGCAAUGAAGUUUAAUGCACUGGAGCUGGAUGACAGUGACCUGGCCCUCUUUGUAGCUGCUAUUAUUUGCUGCGGAGACCGUCCUGGACUGGUGAAUGUAACCCACAUUGAGAAUAUGCAGGAGAGUAUUGUACAGGUGCUAAACCUUCACCUCCAAACGAACCACCCUGAUGAUGCCUACCUUUUCCCCAAGCUACUCCAGAAACUGGCCGACCUGCGACAGCUGGUGACUGAACAUGCCCAGCUCGUUCAGGAGAUCAAGAAGACAGAAGACAUGUCCCUGCACCCGCUGCUUCAGGAAAUUUACAGGGAUAUGUACUAACAGUUAGCAACCUCUGUUUGAUACUAAAAUAUUCCUCUCUCCAGCAAUAUUCCUUUUAAGGUGUUUGAUAAAAUAAUAUUGAUAAUAAUACACUGCUCCCCCUUUAUAACGCUGUAGUCAUUAGCCAUAGUUAUGAGAGUGUGCUAUUGGUAUUCCGCCUAAAAAUGAAAAAAGAAAGUGCCCGUGUAGUGGCAUUAUGUGGCAAAUAGGCGCUAUGACCAUACCGACUUAUAACCUGUUCCGCAGUAUGAAAGGUCUUUAUAUAAAUGGGGAGCACUGUAAUACGUUCAAUUAAAGGAGACCAAAGCCAGCAUCCCAAUAUUGUAAUACUGUGCGAUUUAAUACUGUAAUUCACAAUUGUUUUUAUUAAGAUUACAUGGGUAUUUCUAAAAAUUCAACACAAGCAUUGGCGACAUUUCCAAUCUCUCUUAUAUAAGGUAGUUAUAAUAUAAGUCAACUCUUUUGUAACAGAGCACUGCAUUUUGGUAGUUAGCGUUGUCACAUGGGGUCCUAUUCACAUAACUAACUGUUUUUAAGGGUUUUAUUUGAGUGUUUCCUGUUAGAUUAAACAGGACUUUGAAAAAGGAGAACUCACUUCUAAUCUUCUGUGACAGUUGAAAAAUGUUUCAUGAAGUCGAUUUAAUUAAUCAAAAUAGCGAAUAGGGCCCCCAUGACAUACUCCACAGAGAUGCACUGAACGACUGAAUCAGGGUAAUGUUCAGCAGAUCACGUGGCAACACUACAACCAAAUUACAGUGAUCUGCAACUGUUUAUGUAGAAAUUGAUCAUUGUCAAAAACUGAUACUGCUGUAUACAAAGCCUGGAAUAAAUGAAAACGAUGGUGCCACAAAGUCUUUACAAGGUUAGACAAUGGCACUUUUAACUUUGACUUAAUUAAGGCCUUUGUCAUAGCGUACAGAUUCUUCCCCAAAAUGAGCUCCUAAAACUUACAGUGAGCACAUUAAUGCUUGUGAGAACCAAGUUAUUUCACAUACUGUGGAUGUUGAAUGAAGGUUUGGUAACAUAAUAAUUUUUUUUUUUUUUUUUUUUUUGCCAUUUUGUCUCCUUAGUGACAUUCACAUUAAAAAUGGUGUGUGUGUGUGUGUGUGUGUGUUUAUGUAUGUAUGUAUGUGUGUAUAAAUAUAUAUAUAUAUAUAUAUAUAUAUAUAUAUAUAUAUAUAUAUAUAUAUAUAUAUAUAUAUACACCAGUACUUUUCUUUCCCCACACACAAACAAGUUGUUUUAACAAUGUAUGGAAACAUACAAGCAGAAAGGCAUAUAUUUCAGCUCUUACUGGCACACUUGUUUCCUGUACAGUGUGAAUUAGAGUUUACACUCUACACAACUGCAUAGUGUAAAGCAGAAAAUUAUAUAAUUAAGCAUCAGCUUUUGUAAGAAGAUAUAAAAAAAAAAGCUACUACUGAUAAUUCAGCUUUUUUAUUUGUUUUAAAAGCUUUUAAAUGUUACAUAGUACUAACACGUUUUAUUUAAACGUUCUUGGUUGGUUGUACAUACCAAUGUGCUAUAAUUGUAUUGGAUCAUAUUUUUAUACAGAAGCAAAAAAAAAAAAAAAAGUUUUAAAAGUAAUGAAGCUCUGACAGUGCAAUGUAAAUGGUCCUAAUGUGAGAUUCUCAUGGUUUGUUUGGGGACAUUCCUUGCUUACGUAACUUCCAAGCAAAGUUAGGGAAUGCAGACCCAGCUGUUAUUUGUGGAGUGGUGUGUGUGCAUGAUGUGCUUUUAGUGUGUCUUCUAAACAGUUGUAUCAUAUUUAAAGUAGAUGUACAGAAACCGGCGUGGUUCUAUUUUUUCAGACAGAUGCCAGAAUCUUUCAGAAUUUGUGUUAUUAUAGUUUCAAACACAGUGACUCUAACAAAGAAGCAGAACACAGAUAUCAUUCUAUGAUAAGGGUGUGAAACAUUUACAGUCUCUUCUCUUUUUUCAUUUUUAUAAAGGAUUAUUAAUGCUUUUUGAUGAUAUAUGAAGUUCAAAAACAAAGACGAGACAUUUUUAGUACCAUACAAAUUUCAAUCUGUAAGCCAAACAAAUUAGUUCUCUGAAAUAUGUAUGGUUCUGCUAUAAAACUGGAAACCAUGGAAAAUCCUAACGUGUCAGUAGGUGUCCCAUUUUUAAAGUAUAUUUCAAACAUGCAGUAAGACAGUUGUUGACAGAUAUUUCAACAAGAAUUCUGUGUCAAUGUCUCCUCAUGUUAAAUGUUAAGGCAAUGCUAGAAGCCAGAUUGUGUUCGACUGUAGUCUGCCAAGGCUCAUGCAUGCAUACAUGCACCACUUCUCAGAGACUAGCUUGGUCUCCAUUUAACUUUUAUCUCAGGUAGAGGAGCAAGCAGCAGAACUGGGUAGACACCUUCAACUAUGAUCUACAAUUUUCCAUAGCAUUACAGAUUCACCCAACAACAGGCGUAAACAAGAAGUGAUGUUUUUUUAAAUAUGUGGUUAAUUUAGAGUGCUGUCAAUUAAUUCAAAUCCAUUUUUAAGAAGCACUUUGUGUUGAUGGAACAAUAUGCAUAUAAUUUGUGUUUUGCUGCAUAUUUUACCUGUUAACCAUUUAGUGCCUGUUUGUACACAGUUGUGUACAUUCUUUCUUGUAUUGUUUCCUGUCAAUGAUCACUGUUAUCUAUUUUGAGGCUUGCUGUGCACAGAGUCUCACUAGAUUGCAGCAAGUUUCAGGCCAUCUGUACCUGUCAAAUAAGCCAGCUGUUGUUUUCGCAAUCAGAAACACUGAAUUCAAGCAAGUUACUUGUCUCUAAAGGCCUCUCAAGUCCCUGCAUGCAUGUACCAUGUUAAGUUUCCUAUCUAUAUAUCUAUUUUAUAAUGCAUGGGUGUGUGUUCAAAGUUUUGGCAGGGCAAUGUCUCGAACCCCAUAGAGUAUCAAAUAAAUGAAUACAAUUUCUAAAAAUGACAAUAAAACAAUUUUGACCGAAGAUAUAUAUAAGAUUAGUGUCCCAUUGCAGUCUUUAAAACUAAAUAUCUGGAAAACCAAAUACCAAUUGAAAACAAUGCUUGUCUACAGUUCUUUUCUGUAGAACCUUGACAACUUUUCUUGUCAUUGUCAAUUAUUUUAAAAAAACAAAAUAAUUAUAGUAAAUUGGGAACCCCAAGGUUCCCAAUUUGGGUGGGUGUGGUACCAGAAACACCCACUGACCUACAGUUUUCCGGAGCUGUUGUCUGUAGUUGAUGUGGUAAAGGGGAACAUAAUUGAACAUCUUAAAUUGGAGAGAAAACAUGUCAAAUAAUAGUACACUUUAUAGCUGACUGUGCCCCAACAAAGGACGCCUUUAGAUAAAUCCUUUGAAAAAGUAUUAAUGUGAAAAUUAUGCAAAUCGAAUUUAAUAAUAAUAAUUUUACCUAGGAUGCCUACCUGAUGUUAAAGGGGUUAAUCAUGAAAAUUCUGUGAACUAAUAAUUAUUUUUUAUUCAUUCAUAGCAUGCACUUCCAAUUAAUAUUGUUCCUAUACCCAACUGUCUACCUUUGUGUACUUCAUCUUUUUUCUAAUCGGUAUAACAAAAGUCCCUUAUCGGGAGCUGUUAAUCUUUUUCUUUUAGAACUGUGUUCACUGUGACUUUGGUGCAGCCCAUUUUUGUUGCCACAAACCAGUGGGUCAGUUGAAACAUUCUGCUUCAAUUGGCUUAACUGGGGUUUAAACCUGAAAACAAAUUUCAAGAAAGACCACCUCAUUGCCUAAUUUUAAACAAACACCAGCUCCAUGUUUUGCUCGAUACUCUAGUAAGCUUUUAAUUAGUAUUAAAAUAAUUUACUACAGUAGACUUCUUUUCGGCCCAUCAAAAGUUGCACAGCAACCUACAGUGAGACUUAGUGAGGUGCAAAAUGAUUGUAGUGUAUUUAGUUUUAUUUUUGUUAACCUAAACAGAGUAACCUGUUCUGUUAAAAAACAAUUGUGUGGGUACAUUUCUGUGUAUUUAGGUAUUCUGAUUUUAUAUCAGCUGUCAUGUGGCCUUUGUUGAAUUCUUCCCUGCUGAUGGAAACGGUUGCAGUUUGAAUAGCUACAGAUCAAGUUGAUGGGCUUGAUUCCAUUACAUCAUUGUGGCAAAAAAAAGUAGGCUAACCCGAGAUAAAGUGAUAAGGUCUAGAAAACAAAAUGAACAAUAACACAACAGCAAGUGACUUCUGAGCAUGUUGUGCUAGUGAGGGGCUGAUCAGAGUCGUGGUUAUUAUGAUCUGCCGACAUGUUAUGAAACAGUCAUUCAAUUCCACAUGACAGUUCUAUUUAAAAAAGCAGAGCUUUUUAAUCUUUUUAUUCAUAGUUGCCUUUCAUACCCACAGACUGAUGCUUUUACAUGUAGAGAUACAGUACAAACACAUUUAGCAGUCUCGGGGGUUCUAUAUUGCCCUUGAUAAUUCACUACAUUGGUUAAUGCACUGUUAGGCCAUGCUGACAGUUUAAUAUAUUUUGUACUGUAAAAGGGUCUGCACUAAUUCACUGUUUUCAAUAUUUCACAGGGGAAGUCAGAUAGCAAAAUAAAGAGGGAGUGCUGCAUAUGAUUGGUAACCUGAGAUGGUGAUGAGUCUUUUUCUAAAAUAUAUAUAUAUAUAUUGUAUAUCUUCUUUUUUUUUUUUUUUAAAGCGACAAGGGAAACUAAAUAUAAUGUUGUGUAUCAGGGAAUAAUUGUUCUUCCUUAUUUUGUACAAGCUCAGGACACAUUUUGGUACUGUUGACAGGACUUUGUUGACGGCUAAUAAUUCAACAGACCAGGGACCUAUAGUCCCUUUGAAUUUGUGUUGAAUACUUGCACUUUAUUGAAAGUUUUUCUUUUCUUCAAAUAUAUUAUAUGUGGCUGCAGUAAUAGGAAUGAUCCCUGAUGUAUGAAAAUAAAUUCACUUUUUUUUUUUUUUUUCUCAGCUUUAGUCAGUUGCGUCUAACAUAAGGGAUUGGCUGACACAGGUCUAUUACAGAUGCUUUGUGUAAUUGCAUUGGUGAGUUGGAAAUAAUACUGUAACUGUAUGAUGAUUUAUCUAUAUUCAAUUAAACACCAUAUAUGAUUUGACUUUUAUGGUUUAAAAAAAACAAAAACAAUAAAUGUCUUUUUUUCCCAAGCA